AGUUGUUUGUGUUUUUAUUUUAAUUAAUAAUGGCCUCUAGUGAAUCCGUGUUUCUAGCCGGCCUCGUGCAUCUCAUGAUCCGCUUUAUCUUCUAUAUAACACCACAGUCAAGGCUAGGAACACCCGGUCCAGCAAUAUCCACAGCGAUCGUAGGCGUUGCACUCCUGGAUAUUAUAUAUGAUAACCGCAUAAUUCCCCUUCGCUUCAACGAUAUGUCAGCGGGCUUUCAAUAUAUGGUAGAGACUGUGGUGGCUAUCGUUCUAUUGGAGUUCGGCAUGCUGAUCUGGACAUCGAUCGAGCAUUCCAUUUACUUGUUUGCCAAGGGAACACUACUGGGUCUGAGCGUUGUUUCCAAACCAACGUAUUACCGGAAUGAGAACCUCAUAAUUGGCUCCUUCACCUUACCGCUGUCCCUGGCGAUUUUGAUUAUGGCUGCACAGGCUACCGAUCAUUAUCAAAUAAUCCGCCGACGAUUAUCCCACUAGACAACGAACAAAUUCCGUGAAAGUGAAGUCAUUGUAAACAAAUGCAUUGAAUAUACAGAGAAUUUUGAUUAAAUACAAAUUGAGAUUAAAUACA